AUGACGGUGCCCCCUAGACAGAAAAACGGAGUUUUCGGGGGGUCGAAAAACACCCCCCGAAAGAGCGUUGCAUGGGCGUACGUGUACUGGUUCUUCGGGGGUAUAUUCGGGCUGCACUUGUUCUAUUUGGAGCGAGAUGCUCAUGCUUUUCUAACGUGGAGCACCCUCGGGGGGUAUGGUUUGGGAUGGUUGGCUGACAUCACGAAGAUACCAAGGUAUGUGAGGGAUUGCAAUGAUGAUCCCGGGUUUCUGGCGGAGCUGGGAGAACGGAUGAGGAGGAAUCGGAAGCCCCCAUUCUCGACCAGCAGAUUCAUUUCUGCCAUCAUGGUGGGAUAUCUCUGGGGACAAUUGAUUAUGCUGGCCAUUCCUGAGGACGAGGUUGCUGGCGUCAACUGGUAUCCCAUCAUUCAUUGGUUCAUCCCUCUAGGUGUCGCUCUAGGCGUCUGGGUGGUAGGCAACAUCGGCCGAGAGCAAGGAAAACCCUGGCUCACCAUCCUCGUCUCCUACCUCACUUAUUCCUCCCGUUGGUACUUUUUUGACGAGAGCGUCUGGCUGACCUUGAUGGUCUUCUGCAGCGGCCUGACGUUCGACACGUGGUCGAAGCAGUGGCGGCGGGCGCCUCGCAAAAAACGCUCGUUCACCGGGCGAGUCACCGCGCUGGUGUUGUGCGCAUGCGUGUAUUGCGCGCUGUGGAGUGCCUACUUUUACUUCAACGGGAAGAUAACUGAUUCGAAUGGGGACGAGGUGCCGGUGCACGAGGCACUGCACCAUUUUUUCACCAGUCCGUGGUGGACGGAUUUGAAGCAGUCGCUGUACGAUACUUACGUGUACGCGCAGCAUCACGGAUGGUACGAGAUCUGGAAGCAGAUCAUCGACUUGUCGGAUCCGCACGGCGAGCAGAACUCCUACAGGGUGUUGGGCGUGAGUCCCACUUCGAGCCAAUCGGAGAUCACCGCUAGAUGGCGCUCGUUGAGUCGCGAGUUCCAUCCCGACAAGGUCAAGGAUGUGGAUAGACAAAGAGAGGCGCAGGAGAGGUUCAUGGAGAUCCAGCAGGCGUACGACAUUUUGUCGAAUAUUAAAGCGAAGCGGAGGAGGAAGAACAAGAAGUCGGUCAGGGAGGACGAGCUGUAA